AUGCCAAUCAGUACCUAUCUGCAGUCUCGUCUAGCAGCUGCUGAGACUGGUGUCCUCCAUUUAAAUCUGUUUCAAACUGGUAUUCAAGAUGAAUCUAUUAUACGAGAUGAACGUCGAUCAACUAGACUAUUUUUAGCUCUUCUCAGUAUUUCAGUAGUCAUUAUUGGAUUGUAUUACUCAUUUAUACGGUAUAGAGAAACCAUUAUAAUUUCAUCUCCGUCAAUUAGUAAAUAUUCUAAUUCACCAAAGAAAGUAUUAUUACAAUGUCCUUGUACAAAUGCAGCAAUAAAAUAUGAAGAUUUUGUUGAAAUGAAACCGUCUUAUAAUGAAUUAUGUAAAAGUGAUUUUGUUUCUAAUGAAUAUAUUCAUCAACUCUAUACUCUCUACGAACAAAAAUUGAAUACAUCGAUUCCAACAGACGUUCAUCGAAUAGCUGUAUUUCAGUUUCAAACACUUCGUGCACUUUGUGAAUUAACACAGAAAAUAACGAGCGAUAGUCUUGCAAAAUUUGUAAAAAAUGAAUUUGUUCAAACUCAAGUCAUGGAUGAAGAAUUAUUUCAAAAUCAAAUUGAUUUAUUGAUAACAGAUUUUAUUAAUGGCACCUCAAAAACAUUUAUGAGAACACUGAAGUUUAUUCAAGAUGUUACAGCACAAAGUUUAUUUAUGACUGGUGCUUCAGUAACUAGUGUUAGACCAAGACCGCGGCUUAUGACAAACCUUGACGAGAUUCUGCCAUAUUCUGGAAUAAAAUAUACAUUUAAAGAUGGAUCUUCUUGUACAUGCUCAAGUUCUACUGCUAAUAACUGCAUGGGUUUGGCAACAUUGAAUAAUGAAGUUAUUCCUGGUUUUCAAACAGGUUGCUAUAUGUUAAGUGCACUUCUUCAUUCUACACUUGAAAUCUGCUACAAUCAAACAUAUAUCAACAUUUUAACUAACUCCAGUCAGUAUCAAAAACUCAAUGGUUCAAGUUCAAAUUCCACAGUUGAAACAUUACUUAGUCAAAUGUUUAUUACUCGUUGGUCACAUAACGCAUCUUUUGAAAGAUAUUUUAAUCAUUGUGCACCGACUCUAUGUCAAUAUACAGAAACUGCAAUAUACAAUCUCUGGUUUAUUAUUAUAACAUUGAUCGGGUUUUUUGGUGGAUUAUCAUUAGUAUUGAGAAUCGUUGUACCUUUGUUGAUUACAAAACUUUGGCCAAUUAUUUGGAAGUUUAUUACUAGACGACGAACGGUAGCUACACAAAUCGAAGAAACAGACGUGAAUACAGUACUCUCCUUUGGUGAACGCCUAAAACGAUUGUUGGGAUUAAUUAAACAAAAAUUAAUUGAUUUGAAUUUAUUUCAACGUGUUCCUCCAACACAAGAUGAAAAUAUUCUUCGACGACAACGUUACACUACACGACUUUAUAUAGUUCUAUCAACUAUAGCGUUGAUCAUUUUCACUACUUUUACAUCUAUUGAACAACAUACAAAUCGUAUUACUUUUGAAUCACUAUCACCAAAUGAGUUUAUUCAACUUUAUCAACAAUAUCCACAAACACUUGAUUGUCCUUGUACUCAAACAACAAUUGACUAUCAAUUCAUUUUUAGCAUCAAACCACAAUAUCAUGAAGUAUGUUCAAGUGAAUUUGUCUCUUCUAAAUGGAUUAAUAUUGAAUUUGAUAAAUAUUCGAUGAAAAACUUAUUAACAAAUGAUUUUCGUUAUCAAUCUCAAUUUCAUUUUCAACUUUUAUCAACAUUAUGUCAAAUGGCUAAUGAAACAAUUCAAGAUUCUCUUCAAUCAUUCUAUCGAACUAAAUUUGUCACAAAUAAACAAUUAAUUAAUGAAUUAUUUCAAACGCAAAUCAAUUCAAUCGUGGAAAAUUUUAAAAAAAGUCUACCUGCAACAUUUCAACGCAUAAUUCAAUUGAUAAAAACGAACUACAAGAUUAAUCAGUUUAUUACACCAAUGAAUUCUAUAUUUAGUUCUGACGAAUACAUUGCAUUAUUGCCUCUUACGCAUAAACCGCCGGAAGAAUUAUUGAACCAGACACAUAUGUGCUUUUUCGAUUCUCGUUUACAAUGUUACCAAAAGACCAUUAUAAAAGAAAACGAAAGUAAGAACAUCAUUCCCGGAAUGGUCCAAUCAGAGUUUCCUUUCGAAGCACUCUUGAUGUCAACAUUAGAAUGUUUUUAUAAUGAAACAUGUCUUUCUUACAUCAAAAAAUUCAUUAACCCAACGCAAUCAUCAAUUAAUAUUACUACACUAAAAUCAUCAUUACUAUUGAAUAAUAGUCAAUAUGAUCGAAUUCAAAUAUUGGCUAAUGAUCUUUUUAUUCGAUUAUGGGAUAAUAAUAAUUCCUAUGGAUCAUAUUUUAACCAAUGUCAUGCAUUAACAUGUCAAUACAGUUAUAAAAACCGAUUGAGUUUUAUUUUUGUUGUAGCAAAAAUUAUUGGAUUUAUGGGUGGUAUCAAUGUUUUUCUACAUCUAUUAUUGCCAUUGAUUGUUAAAUUAUUGAUUAAAAUUUGGAAUUAUAUUCUUCACCGUCAACGAAAUAACUCCAGUACAGUAAGAGUAUCAAUAUCUAUACGAAUCCGAUUUUGGCAUUCUGUUCGAGCUCUUUCGAAAUCUAGUAAAAAAAAGAUUGAAGAAUUAAAUGUCUAUCCAAUUAUUCCACCAUCAACAGAUGUACAAAUUAAUCGUCGACGUCGACACAUAACUCGAAUCUAUUUGAUAUUAUUAAUUACAAGCUUGUUCAUUCUUAUUAGUUAUACAUUACUGAAACAAGAGACAGUGACAGUCCCAGUUCCAUAUCCAUCAUUAUCAAAAUACGAGGAAUUAUUCGUUCAAUAUCCUGUAACAUUACAAUGUCCUUGUAAUCGUAUUACAAUCAAAUUCAAAGAGUUUAUCUCUCAAAUUGAACCUCAAUAUCAUGAGAUCUGUUCGAGUCUUUUCGUUUCACAAGAAUGGUUAAAUAGCAUACCUGACGGAUUUCCACAUAAAGACAUCGAGAUGAGCAAAGUUGAUUUUCGUAAAAUACUUCGGAUGCAAUUCGAAACUUUGUCAACACUUUGCAAAAUCUCUCAAAAGACAUUAAAUGCAUCGUUGUCAAUAUUCAAAGAAACUGAUUUGAUUACAGCAUAUGUUAUUUCUCGUUCUGAAUUUGACAGUCGAACAAAAUUAGUCAUAGAACAGUUCAAACAAACAACAUCUAAUCAGUUUUUAGAACCAUUCAAAUUAAUGCAAGCAAUAAAUCAUGCUAAUCAGCUUGGCACAUUGCUUUCCUCUAACUGGAUCUUCUUUCAAAAAUAUCCACAUAAUAUUAUCGAUAUACAUAAAGGUGAGCCACUGGAUGUACUAACUCGACCACAAAAAUAUGGAACGCAUAAUUGUUCAUGUGGAAUACAAUCAAACUGUUCAAACCUAGCAGAAUUUCCAUGUCUGACACGAAGAGAACUAUUCAUACAACCUCUUCCAGGAUUUCUUUAUGGCUGUAUGAUGCUCGAUUCUUUGUUGCAGUCAACUUUGACUUGUCUCUAUAAUAAGACAUGUCUUGGUUUUAUGCAAGCAUCUAUUUACUAUUCUAAACCUCAACCAGUUAAAGUUCUCACGUAUUCUUCAUUAGCAAUGCCCAAUACAACGAUUGAAACACUUCUUAAUCAAAUGUUUAUUUCUCAAUGGUUUCAGAAUACAUCAUUUGAUCUUUAUUUUAAUCAAUGUGCACCUCAAUCAUGUGAAUAUUCUUAUGUAUUAGAAUAUAAUUCACUCUAUGUUAUAACAACAUUAAUUGCUCUAUUUGGUGGUUUAACAAAAGGACUACAUGUUCUUGUGAAAUUGCUAGCAAUUAUCGUAUACAAAUUCGUUGAUUGGCGAAAGAGGAAAAGUCGAGUGGUACCAAACUUAACAUCAUCGAAUAUCAUUAUGAACAUUGAAGAUAAUGAGGAGGGGAGCGACGUAGUUUCGAUUACAUCAACAACCGUGACGGCAGUUCAGGACAACAUGACUUCUGUCGAAGAACAGAACCAUCCCGACAAAACGUAUCGAGAUCGAAUAAUACUAAUUUGUUUAGCACUGUUAGGUAUAGCUGCAAUAAUAUCAGUAUCCAUUAAUUUGUUUAUUGCUCGAAAUAAAGAACAACAAGUUAUUUCAACAACCAUUCAAACAACUACAGACAGUAGUAAUAAUUUAAUAACAGAAUCAACAGUGACGUCAACAAACAUUUGCCAUAUGACUCUUAAGUAUCAAUCUCAAACUUAUCCGACUGGUCUUAAUCCUGUGUCAAUGGUGAUUGGUGAUUUUAAUCAUGAUGACAUUAAAGAUUUAGCUGUGACUAAUGCUGAUUCAGAUACAAUAAGUGUGUUGUUGGGAAAUAAUAGUGGAAUAUUUCAAGCACAACAAAUCUAUUCAACAGGAAAUGGAUCUAGUCCGAGAGAAAUAGCAAUUGGUGAUUUUGAUAAUGAUACAUUUUUAGAUUUGGUUAUUGUUUUAUCUGCAACACAAAAAAUAGUUAUUUUCUAUGGUUCUGGAUUAAAUGAUUCAUUUAUUCCAUCAACUGACUUUUUUUUUAGCAGUCCACGUUCUAACAAAAUGAAUGCGAUUGCAGUUGUUGAUAUCGAUAGUGAUGGGUUUGUUGAUUUAGUUGCUAGUGCUCAAGAUGAUCGGAAUUCUGAAUUUCAAUUUAUUAGUUAUGUAAAUAUGGGCAACAGAUAUAACUUUAAAUAUAUACCAUGCUCGUCUAAGAGCUACAGUGGUAUAGUCAUUUCAAUAGUAGUCCAUGAUUUGGAUAAUGAUGCAAGACAAAAUAAUAUGGUCUGGCUCACCAGUGGUGGUUUCGUGAUAACUCGCAGUGCAUAUGAGUGCCAAGAUUACUGUAAGGAAAAAGAGUUAGCAUUUGACGAAAUGUAUAAAUCUCCAUCAGCUGCAGUCACAGGAAGAUUUAAUGACGAUGAAUUCGUCGAUUUAGCAUUGAUUUCUUCUCAAUCGGACACAUUACAAGUUUUACUUCGCUAUAAAGAUAAAUUGCUGUUGGAAUGGAAGAGCAUUCCAAUGAUUUAUCGCACAGAUCCUUAUCCGACAUCUAUUGCUCGAAUUAAUUUUAAUAACGAUCGAGUCGAUGAUUUAGCUAUACUAUAUUGCAAUGGAACUGUAACAAUAUUUAUUGGUUCAAAUCAUGGACUUUUUGAACGAAAAGAUUUAUCUUUUGGAACUCAUGCAGGUUGCAUUGAUAAAUGUUGUCAAUCAUUGCAAGUCAUUGAUUUGAAUCGAGAUGGAAGAGAUGAUCUAGUGUUUAUUGAUACAGGGAUGAAUAGCAUUCAAAUUGCUUUGGGUUUAUCUUGCAAUGAAUAG